AUGUCGUCCACCCCUUGGGUCUUCAUCUGCCCCUCCUCCAGGGGCAUUGGCCAUGCCCUCACUUGUCAUCUUCUGCGACGCACGUCUCGCUCGUCCAUCCCGAUUCUUGCAACGACGCGACAUUCCGAUCUGGCAGCUGCCAAGGCCGCAAUUCUGAAAGAUGUGUUUUCUUCAUACUCGUCAUCAUUCUCUUCGUCGUCGUCUUCGCCCUCUCCAUCAUCAUCGUCACAGCAGCUGCACGACAAGCUAUCAAAGCGCCUCUUUGUCGUCCGCUGUGACGUGACCGAUGAAUCCACCAUUGAAUCUGCCGCCAAAAAGGCAGAAAAUCUAUUUCCCAACAAGUCGCACCAUUUGCAUCUUGCCUGCGUCCUCCCAGGCGUGUUGCUCAACCCAGAAAAAUCCCCAACGCAGGUUGAUGUAAACGCUACUCUGGAGUCGUUUCGGAUCAACUCUGUGGGCCAAAUGCUCAUGGCGAAGCACUUUUUUGGAUUCUUGCCCAGGAAGGCGACGGCGAUGGCAAAGGCGAUGCCGGGCUACAACGGCUAUGACUACAAUGAAGAUGAAGACGACGAAGAAGAAGACGAAGAGCGAGAGGACCAGGAUGAUGAAGAUGAAGCCGAAGAAGAGGCGUCUCUGCGUCUGCCUCGGCACGCUACUUGGUUGAACAUGUCUGCCAGAGUGGGAUCAACGACUGAUAAUCGCGCUGGCGGGUGGUUUUCGUAUCGCGCGAGCAAGGCCGCAGUCAACAGCUUCACCAAGAGCCUUGAUAUAUCUCUGCGUACACGCGCAGGAGAUAAUGCAAUGGCGGUGGCGUAUCACCCAGGCACGGUAAAGACAGAAUUGAGCAAAGACUACUGGGGCGGCGUGCCCAAGGAGAAGCUAUUCAGCGCUGAAUAUGCGGCUGAGAAACUCCUGGAUGUGGUUUGUGGGCUUGGAAUGAGUGAUAGGGGUAGAUGCUGGGACUGGAAGGGGACUGAAGUUCUCCCUUGA